AUGUCUGCGCUCGUCCGUCCGUCACCGAUCGCAUCGGUGUGCGUCGUGAGGAAACAUAUUUCGCACGUGCGGUCGACCACGGUCCCGAGCGCUAGCUCAAACGAUGCGCCAAAGCUUAUCUUUGUCUCCAGCGUCGCGAGCGGACAUGACCUUGAGGGUCACCCCGAGUGCGCCGCACGCGUUCCGGCCAUCUUAAAAGAGCUCGAAAAGGGUCAACUGCUCGGAACACAUCGUCCUCAGGACGUGAUGGAGCUCACGGGCGUGGAGUUAGCGCCCAAGUCGGCGCUGGAGGGGGUACACACAAAGAAUUACGCCACCGGGCUCGAGUUGUUGUGCGGAACGCGUGCGCCGGUUAAUUUGGACACCGCGCCGACGUAUUGCACGACCUCGACGUACGCAGACGCUAUGCGAGGAGCGGGAGCGGCGAUCGCGCUCGUGGACGAGGUGUGCGAUCGAUCGAAGAAGGGGUUGACGCCGUCGGGUUUCGGGUUGGUGCGUCCACCGGGACAUCACGCGACUCCGCGAGGCGCGAUGGGAUUCUGCUUAGUUGGAAACGCUGCGGUUGCGGCGAGACACGCGCAGAAGCGCGGACAUGAAAGAGUGAUGAUAUUUGAUUACGACGUGCAUCACGGGAACGGGACGAAUGACAUAUUUCACUCGGACCUGAGUGUGCUCUUCGUUUCCACGCACGAGGACGGAAGUUAUCCUGGAACCGGGAAGUUCACGGACGUGGGUUCGGACGAGGGGAUAGGCGCGACCAUUAAUAUCCCUCUUCCUCCUGGAAGCGGUGAUAAAGCGGUUUUGACCGCGUUUGAAGAGGUGGUCAUGCCGGGGGCGGCACGCUUCAAGCCGGAUUUCAUUAUUGUGAGCGCGGGAUACGACGCGCAUUGGCGUGAUCCGCUCGCGGGGCUGACCUUCCGCUCAGGUACGUACCAUCGACUGUGUACUAAGCUCAAGGAGUUGGCGAACGAGCUGUGCGAAGGUAGGAUAGUAUUUUUGUUGGAGGGUGGGUACGAUUUGAUUGGGUUGUCCGAAGGCGUAGCGGAUUCGUUCAGAGCGCUCGUUGGCGACGACUCGACGGAUUUCGGCGACAUUCCAGGAUUGCGCGACGAACCCGAAGAGAAAGUGCGAAAGAUUCUGAACGAAGUCAAGGCGGUGCAUCAGAUUUAA